AUGGAUGCCGUGGUGAAGAAAUCCCUGGGUGCCCCCUUCCGACAGCUGACCAGCUGCGUGACCGGGGAUAAGGAGGGAUUUAGCCGGAAAGGCAAAACCGUCCGAAGAAAGAGCGCGCCCUGCUGCUACGGGCAGACAGCACGCGACUCAUCCUGGUUGAGGACUUACCAAGCGGAGCUACACAGGGAAAGGAAACUGAGGCAAGUUAAAUUUGCGCAAAAGAACGCAGAAAGAAGCGCAAUGAGGACACAUUACAGAAGCCCACACCGCUUCACGAAGGAUGCGCGCUGGAUAAAAGAGGCCUAUCAGUUCAAUAGUCUGAGAGACGAAAGGGUUAUGAACAAGAGAAGUGCGGCAUUCCAAGAAUUAUCCUAUAAUCUGAGGAUAUCGUGUAUCAUGAUCGAAGAUAUCAUGAGUGGGUUCUAUUGGGACUUGGUGAUGCUGUUGCUGAUGAUGGGCAACCUCAUCAUUUUGCCAUGGGGCAUCACUUUCUUCGAGGAUCAGAAUACGCUUCCGUGGAUCACCUUCAACGUGGCCUCCGACACCCUCUUCCUGGUUGACCUCGUCCUUAACUUUCGUACCGGCAUUAUGGAAGGCGAUAACUCCCAAAUCAUCCUGGACCCGAAAGUGAUCAGUCGGCGUUACCUGCGAGGCUGGUUUCUGGUGGAUUUCAUCUCCUCCAUUCCGGUGGACUACAUCUUCCUGGUGGUGGAUAUAGAGGCGCGACUUGAGUCGGCAGAAGUGUACCGCACCGCCAGGGCUUUGCGCAUCGUACGCUUCACCAAGAUCCUCAGUCUGCUCAGAUUGCUGCGCUUGUCCAGACUUAUACGUUACAUUCAUCAGUGGGAAGAGAUCUUCCAUAUGACCUAUGACCUUGCUAGCGCAGUAGUUCGCAUAGUGAAUCUGAUUGGAAUGAUGCUGCUGCUGUGUCACUGGGAUGGCUGCAUGCAGUUCAUGGUGCCCAUGUUGCAAGAUUUCCCAUCAAACUGCUGGGUCGCCAAAAACAAUAUGGUGAAUUCCACUUGGGAUGUCCAAUACUCCUAUGCUGUUUUUAUGGCCAUGAGCCAUAUGCUGUGUAUUGGAUAUGGUGCUCAGGCACCUGAGGGACCAACUGACGUCUGGCUCACGAUGAUCAGCAUGAUUAUUGGCGCCACCUGCUAUGCCAUGUUCUUGGGCAAUGCCACCAACCUGAUCCAGUCCUUGGAUUCUUCCCAUCGGCAGUAUCAAGAGAAGUACAAACAGGUGGAACAGUACAUGUCCUUCCACAAGCUGCCGGCUGACAUGAGGCAGAGGAUCCACGAAUAUUAUGAGCACCGCUUCCAGGGCAAGAUAUUUGAUGAAGAAAAUAUCCUCGAAGAACUCAAUGACCCACUUAAAGAGGAGAUUGUCAACUAUAACUGCCGUGGCCUGGUGGCUAACAUGCCACUCUUUGCAAAUGCGGAUCCUCACUUUGUCACAGUGCUCCUCACAAAGUUGCGCUUCGAGGUCUUUCAGCCGGGUGAUAUGAUCAUCCGUGAAGGGACGCUCGGACGUAAGAUGUACUUCAUCCAGCAUGGCUGCGUCAGUGUGAUCACUCAUGACAAUAAAGAGAAGAAACUGAAUGACGGCUGCUACUUCGGCGAGAUCUGUCUGCUGACUCGUGGACGUCGUACAGCCAGUGUCAGAGCGGACACAUACUGCAGACUUUAUUCGCUCAGCGUGGACAGCUUUAAUGAGGUCUUAGAGGAAAACCCAUUAAUGAGGAGGGCGUUUGAGAGCGUAGCAGUGGACCGGCUGGAGCGGGAGGGAAACGGUAUUGUGCAUUCACACAAGAGCGUGGAGAGAUGGGGAUGGGGGACUGAUGAACUUUACUGACCGGAGACUCACCGAAGAUGACUGAAUGUCUUAAUGUACAGUAUGGUGUGAGCUAUCUGAUUAAAAUAGUUGUUUCUUAUUCUUCAUUUGACAACGCAAUGUAUAGGAACAUAAAAAUAAACAAAACAGGUC